UAAGGACCAUGGGCGCUCCAAGACUCCAUCUCCAUUACGCAAGCUAUCCACACCGCAGAGCUCAUUGCGUGGCUGUGACGAUGGUUUGGCCGCUUACGUUAAAGCUUCACUCUCCGGUCUCCAUAUCAAACGGGUGGAGGAGGAGCGGCGCGGGACGAUGAACCGAGGCCGGAAACCAGCCCACGUCCCUCGUCUUCCUCCUCUAAUGAUCUCUUUGAACGAAGCGCGCAAUCUAAGCGUCCCGUCCCUGCAUGAUGCCGGCCGCUUGGGUUCGGAGCAUAGGCAGUCUCGUGCGGUCCAACAGGCGCAGGGCCGCUCUCAGACCCGCCAUCGUCCUCUCCAGCCUCGACAGCAGAAACACUCCCACCAAAUCUUCCGCGCAAAAUUCCCUUCCAAGGCCCGACAAGAGCUCCUCUCGCGUCUCUGCUGCCCCGAGCACGCUCACGGAAAUGGAUCCGAUGGAGCGGCUGACUUCGGGGUUCCAGCGCUUCAAGAAGGAGGUCUACGAGAAGAACGCUGCUCUGUUCACUCAACUCGCAGAUGGUCAGAGCCCCAAAUUCAUGGUGUUUGCGUGCGCGGAUUCUCGUGUGUGCCCGUCCGUGGUGCUCGACUUCCAGCCCGGGGAGGCCUUCACCGUCCGCAACAUUGCCAACAUGGUCCCUCCGUAUGACCAGACGAGAUACUCCGGGGUUGGGGCUGCCAUCGAGUACGCCGUCCUCCAUCUCAAGGUUGAGAACAUUGUGGUGAUCGGCCACAGUCGUUGCGGUGGAAUUAAGGGGCUUAUGUCUAUCAAAGAAGAUGGCACCAGAAGCAGUGCCUUCAUAGAGGACUGGGUGAAGGUCUGCUUGCCAGCAUUGGAGAAGGUGAAAGCAAAUCACUCAGCCUUGCCCUUCGAGGAUCAAUGCACCCAUUGCGAAAAGGAGGCAGUGAACGUCUCUCUCCACAACCUGAAGACGUAUCCCUUCGUCAAAGAUGGACUGGAGAAGAAAACACUGAAACUGAUCGGGGCACAUUACAACUUCGUUGCCGGCAGCUUUGACAUCUGGGAGGUAUGAACCGGAGGCUUAAAGGAGCUCUCAUUGUUGUUGUGCCAGCAUGCGCUUAACUCGGGGUUCUAACAUGGCAAUGUACUGUUCAUCGAUGUACCUUGUUUUCCUUGGAAUAGAAACAUCAACGUGUAUGCAAAAUUCA